UAUUUGGUUAAUAUAACCAAUUGUAUUGAUAUCAAAACGACAUCCGGUGUAGUUCGAGGACAGACCAUACAAGUGCUUAAUAAACAAAUAGACGAGUUUAUAGGUAUACCGUUUGCCGAACCACCAGUCGGUAAACUUCGCUUUGCAAAACCACAACCCAUUCUAAAACCGGCUCCGAAUAUCAUUAACGCCACUACACCUAAAAACAGUUGUUUGCAGCCGUCUGUUAGCGCAAUAGAUGCCAAUCUAGCACUCAGUGAGGACUGUCUGUUUGUAAACAUAUGGUCACCCAAUCGGGUCAACCAUUCACUUUCCAAUGCUUUAAAACCGGUAAUGUUUUGGAUACACGGCGGGGGAUUUGUUAGCGGAUCAAUAUUUUUAUGGUACUAUAAUGGCUCAGUUUUAUCCGCCAACGAUGUAGUAGUGGUGACCACUAAUUAUCGAUUGGGUGUAUUUGGCUUUCUAUACGGUGCGGAUAAGUCGGCUCCGGGAAAUGUCGGAUUGUUUGACCAAAUGUUGGCACUCGAAUGGGUCAAGAAUAACAUCGCGGCAUUUGGUGGUGAUCCCAAUCUGGUGACCAUUUUCGGGGAAUCAGGUGGCAGUGCGUCAGUAUCGGCACAUAUAAUGUCACCCCUAACUAAAGGACUAUACAGGAGAGCCAUAAUGCAAAGUUGUUCAAUAAUGCUUAACAAGGAUAGGGAUUCAGUUACUACAGACGAGGCACUGGAUAUGAACAAACAAAUGGCACAUAAAUUGAAUUGUUCAGACAAUUGGUUGGACUGUUUGAGGAAAGUUAGUCCAGAACUUAUUCUGAAUGUCUGGAAAACACCGUUUACAUUGCCAUUGAUUGGCACUGAGUUUCUACCAGUGCGCGCACAAAAAGCAUUUCAAAAACAUACAGUUAAUUCAGAUAUUGAUUUGAUUGCUGGCGUCACCCGCGAUGAGGGAUCAGUAGGCGAUAACUUACUAGCGGUGUCAACGGAUAACAUGACUAUUGCAAAGUUUACUGAUUUAAUAAACAAAACUAACGUUUUUAUGUACGGUUUGAAUACUACAAAAAUUGAAGAUUUUUAUAUGAAAUCUAUUGAUAAAACUAACUCAACUUCCCUGAGAAAGGCUUUCCAAGAUUUUUUCGGUGACGUAGCCCUUAAGUGUCCCACAUAUUUGUUUGCCCAACAAUUGAACAAAAUUAAACCGAUCAACAAAAAUGUCUAUUUCUAUGAGUGGACAUACCUGAGCGAAAAGUUUGGUAAAAUAAUAAAUUGUAAUGUUCACGAUAGAGGCAUUUGUCACGGAGCAGACAUACCCUAUGUGUUUGGUUUGCCGUUUAUUGUACCCGAAAUGUUUGAACCAAUUGACAAAACAUUUAGCCAAACAAUUAUAAAAAUGUGGACAGAGUUUGCUAAAACUGGAAAACCCGAUAAUAUUUGGCCACAAAUUGAAAGUCAGAAAUUCAAUAAUGUUUUUGUUCGCGAUAUGAAUCCUAAAAAUAUGACUAAAAUUUUUGAAAAUCCAUUUCAUGAAACUUGUGAUACUUUUUGGAAAAAUCUUUUUCUAAAUUAA